GUCCGAUGGGUGUGUCGGUCGGCGGAGGUGAUAUUUGAAGGCUGCGGCUGGAGCAGCGCCGCGCAGCAGGGGCGCCAGCAGCGCGGACAGCAUGGCCGUGAGCGACCCGCCGCCAGCCACCAGCUACGCGCCGCCCGAGGUGCCCGCGGGGGCCGCGCUGUUCCUCACCAUCCCCUUCGCCUUCUUCCUGCCCGAGCUGGCAUUUGGGUGCUGGGUCUGGAUCCUGGUAGCGGCCACCCAGGUAGCCAAUCCGCUGCUGCAUGGAUGGGUGAUGUACGUCUCGCUGACCUCCUUUCUCAUCUCUCUCAUGUUCCUGUUGUCGUACUUGUUUGGAUUUUACAAGAGAUUUGAGUCCUGGAGAGUGCUGGACAGCCUGUACCACGGGACCACGGGCAUCCUGUACAUGAGCGCUGCGGUCCUGCAGGCACACGCCACCAUCGUCUCUGAGCACAACAACCUCAAAAACUACUCUAUCAACACUGCAGCCUCGUUCUUCGCCUUCAUCACCACCCUGCUCUACAUCCUCCACGCCUUCAGCAUCUACUACCACUAGGCACGCGGAGCCACCGCGCCAGGCCUCCUCCAGAGCCACGCCGUCGCCCCAGAAGCGGGUCUCGGCUUCCGCCAUCUGGAUGGGGAGAAGGUCCACGGCAGUGAAGGUGGGAUGGUCGCACCGUCUCCCCGGGCGGGCCGGAGACCCACUUCAGCAAAUGUCUGCACGUCUUCGCUCCCUGGGGAACGUGAGGAAGCUGUCUCCCUUUUCCUGGGAAAGUGACCGUGAAGCCAGCCCUCUAGACAACGAACGUGGACGCCCUCGCCCGGGGACCCCACCUGGCUGGGGCCGGCGCCCUGCAGCCAGAGCCUCCUCCUGGAAAGGCUCUGGCAUUUCUGGGCCGGGUUCCAAGCAAAAGCUGGCGCCGUGCGCGCGGGAAGGUCGAACCAAGGUGCUUGGCUUCACAGCAAACACUUUUCUAAAGAAAGCGGUGCCCUGUGACAGUCCUGCCCCCGGGGGCUGCCCUCCCCUCCUGACCCAGGCAGGGCGGCCGUGGCCCCUGGAAAUGAAUGAAUCAUUCUGUGAACGGGUCUCGUCCUGACAGAGGCCAGGGCUGGACGUUCUGUAUCAGUCUUUCCGCUCCUGGGGUGGGCGAGAUCCAGCAGCCGCAGAGGCACGAACCCCACCUACGCUUCCUGGCCACCUUCUCAUUGCCCUGGUGUCUUGAAAAGCCAUCAUGUAUCCCUCGUGUUGCCUGGCAGCUGUCCGGGGUGGUCAGUGUUCAAUAUUUACUGAGUGGCCACCUGCAAAUAAAAGUCUUUCGUUCGGUUAAAAAGGA